AUGUUGUUGAGUAGUAUCUUUGAUUAUAAGAUACCUAAAGUUGUCAUUAUUCAUUCAAUUCCAUGUAAAAUUCAAUUUAAACAGGGUAUAAAUUAUAAACCAAAAGAACAAAAUCGAUCAUACAUUGCUGAUGAUGCAGAUUAUGUUAUUCAUUCACAAGAAAAAGAUGCAAUAUUCAUAAUGACAAAUUCGAUUGAAACUGAUCAAGAAUAUAAACAAUAUCCUGAUAUGCUAAGAGCACCUUAUAUGAGAGGAGCAUUUUGUCUCAAUAAUAGUCAAUGCCAAUCAAACUUAGCAUCAGAGGGUCUUUGUGAAAUAGAAGGAUGGUGUCCUAUUAUGAAUGAUUUAAAUAUACCAAACCCUUUAAAAGAUGUAUUAAAUUUUCGUUUAUUCAUUAGAAAUCGUAUUAUGUUUAAAAAAUACUAUGUCAUAAGAUCCAAUAUUAUAUUUGAUAUACCGUGCAAUUAUGAUCCUAAGAAUGAUCGAAUAUGUCCAAUCUUUCGUAUUGGUACUAUACUUGAUAUUGUUGAACCUGAUCAAUCAGAACAAAGAAAGAUGUUAACGUAUGGUGGUGUCAUUCAUAUUCAUAUAGAUUGGAGGUAUACACAAUCUUAUGAAGAAGGACCUUUACCCGGAUAUAAUUUUCGUUAUGCUUCACAUUGGAAACACGAGAAUCGAUCAUUUCGAACAUUAACCAAAGCAUUUGGUCUUCAUUUUAUAGUCACUGGUCAUGCUGGUCGUUUCAGUCUCGCUGUAUUAAUUAUUAAUAUUAUCUUUAUUAUUGCUGUAAUUUGUUUGAUUACAUUUAUAUUUGACAUGAUUGGUUUGCAUAUUUCUUAUCGUUCAGCUGUCGACAGAUCACAAUAA